AUGUUAAGGCGGCGCCGCACUUUGCUGCACGGUUACGUUCUUCCAAAUGCAAGACGUCCACGACUCGAAGAGCCGCGUGAAGUGCCACAGUCAUCUCCCACAGAAACCUGCAGAGUGAAAUUACUCUCACACACACCUCCAGUAAUAGAGGAAACAGCAGCAGCAGCAAUAUUAACAACAGGGGAUGUUGAUGCCGCAGAGGAAAUGUAUGGAGCCGCAAUGAAGAGAGAAUAUAAUGGUAUGCAUUACGUAAUGCGUGAUGAACCACUGAAAAAGUAUCGAACUUCCUACAUGGAUGUACGGAAUGACGAUAGAGUAAACAGAAACAUUAAUGAAAACAGAUACAAAGAAGAGAAUAACAAUAAUAAUGAUAAUGAUAAUAAUAAUAAUAGUGAAGAAGAAGAAGAUAAUGAUAAUGAUAGUGUUGCUGCUGCUGUUUCUCUGGAAGAACCCUUUAUACCAACGUGUGAUCGUCUGAAUAGUGCGGUUCCCCCUUCCUGUCGUGCUGUACAUGUGGAGCCAAACUGGCUGGAGCGGGCGGUGAUGCGAUCACACUCUUCCAACAAGCGUCUGGGUCCUGUUCACUCAUUUAAUAAUAAUAAUAAUAAUAAUAAUAAUAAUAAUAAUAAUAAUAAUAAUAAUAAUAAUAACAUCAGUAAUAAUAACAAGAUCUUUAGUGAAGCACUGCCAGAUCCCGCAUUACUUUGUUUGGGAGAUGUGACGGAGGAGGAGAGACAACGUAUAGUGACAGUGGCAGGCAUUGCUGCUGCAUUUUACGCCUCCCCAAAUGUAAGAACAAGAGGAAAUAGAGCAAAUGGGAUAUCUCUUUAUAUAUAA